AUGUCUAUUCGAUCUGCAGGAUACUCUGUAAACGAAGAUAUUCUAUUAUGUAGAAUGCAUUUAGAUGUUUCUCAAGAUCCAAUAACUGGUGUCAAUCAAUCCAGAGAUCAAUUUUGUGGUCGAGUCGUAGAUGCAUACAACAAUACAAAGGAAGAUUUUUGGGAGAGUCACACCAAGAAAUCGUUGCAACACCGAAUGCAAAUGAUUGAGAAGGCAAUAAGAAAAUUAAACGGAUGUGUACGUCAAGUAGAAAAUUUGCAUCCUAGUGGUGCUUCUGAGCAGUAUAUUUGUACACAAGCAAAAGCUUUACUUAUGCAAGAUCCGAACUUCAAAAAGGGUUUUAAAUUUGAUCAUGUGUGGGUUAUAAUGAUGGAAUUUGAGAAGUUUAACGAUGUCGAUUUUGGAAGGAAAAAACCAAGAAAGCAAGGCUAUGAUAAUAUAUCAUCGGAGUCUGAGAAUCCUACCCCCGAUUCACCCAAUCUAUCAUUUCCUAACUUAUCAUUAUGGGUCUUAGACUCCGAAGAUAUAUUAGCAUAG